UGACCCAAAUUAGAGGGUGUGUUUAUAGGUAUAUUUGGGACCAGAUACCUGUUUAUAUGAUAAAACAUAAAGAACACUUAACAGAUGGCAUUGGGUGCAAUCUGGCCCGGUGGACCAUGUGUCCGAAACAGGGCUCUUUUUGUACAUAGGAAGCAGCACAUUGUUCUGAAUGUUUGAGGGGAAUCUCCCCCACCUUGAAUUCAACAAAGUGUUACCUUCAAUUUGUACCAAAAAUAGCUCUGUCGAUCUCUAAACUGGAGUCAUGACCACAGCACUUUUUUUUUUGAGCAGCACACUAGUUCUAUUACUAUUAAAGUUUACACACAUUUUAUUCUAGGAAUUGUUGUUUUUACAGGUACCUGGCUUGAAAAAAUAGAACCGGGUUUUGAUAUGGACAGGUGCCUGUGAAGUGACUCAAGCAGAAUCACAUGCCAGGAGAUGGCUGGACAGAACAGCUGAAUUUUGAGCCUAUCCAGUGCCAGUGGAAGGUCUUGUCAGAAUUGCAGAGAACUUUUCUUUUGAGACAAUCAUCUUUGCCCAUCACUCAGUCUUUUGUCUUUCACUGGACACUGUUGUGUUCCACCAGAAUUGAGCAGUCUGACCAGCUGCGACAGUUGGAGGUAGUCCAGCUUUAAUGCCGGAGGAUACUGUUAAUUAAUGACAACUAACUGGGAGCUAAAUAUUCAAAUGGUGCAUCCCUCUGUGAGCCUUGUUCAAUGACAGUGCCAAGCUGGGUGUAGACUGCUGCAGUGAACAUUUCCUUCGUGGAAGACAUUGUGACAUUUCAGUCGGAGUGAUUCCUUUUCUCUGUACAUGCGUGAGAGAUGUUCUGUGAUCUGUACAUGCAUCAUCUAAUUGUAUGCUGCUGGAGUCUACUCAUGAUGAAAUAUACAGCUUAACUGCUUUGAAUAGAUUUUGGAUUCCACAGGUGACAGAGGUCCCAUUGGAUGUCGUAAGGAGAGGAGGAAUUACCUUCUUAAAGAUGUCGGUGACUGUACCUUUCAACAUUUCGACACAGAUUGGGCCCUACCCCAUUAUUUACAACACCCCACGCAGUAUGGAACCCAAAACACCCCCCAAACCACUCCCCAAACGAAAACCGGGACAUCAGUCAAAGCACAUUUAUGACCGUGUCCCGCUGGAGGGGUCACUGUUCAAGAAAUCCUACUCUCCUGUGAUGUACCCUAAGAAGCUGACUCCAGCUCCACCGGGGAAGCUCGUGCCAAAUCUCCUGAACAUUCUGACCAUAAAUACUCAGAGAGAAGGCUCCGAAACAAGUGUUGAGAACCCAAUUUCAGCUGCCCCAGACAAGCCUGCCUUGGUUCCUCCUGAGGAAGGGAUUACUUCUCUUGCAUCAAGUCCAACACAGGGGAUGCAGUCAGAGAACAAACCUACCCCUCCCAUAAAGAAUAAAGCCAAGAGACAAGGAUGCCCAAACCUUGAGGAGGAAGUGGGCCCAGAGCCUUUCCCACAUGCUGAGAAGCACAAGGAUGGAGAUACUAAGCAUUUACCAUCUCAAGAGGAAAGUCCUGGCUGUGAAGAGGAGGUUGCUGCUGAAAAGAAGAAUGCCUACCACGAGAGUGCCAAGUGUGAGGAAGUUGAUGGCAGCAUUUCUUCCCAGCUGGAAAACUCCAUCUCGAAAGAGCAAGACACAGAAUCAAUCAAAGCUGACUCCGGAAGCUUAUUUUCAUCCACUCUCCGCUCCACGACCUGCUCUGCGUCAUCUGCUUGUUCAUCAUCUUCAUCUUCCUCUUCUGCUUCCUCUACCUCCAGCAACACAAGCUCAGAGUCGUCCAACUCUAGUAUAGCCAAAGCCUUCUUCAACACCCCUCAUCUUGGGUCCUCCACACCCAAGCGCAUCAACUCCCCAAAAAACUACACUCCGGUGGAAAAUCUAUAUGACUCAUGGCGGCUGGACAUCGCAGCUAAGAGUGAAGGCACUACACCACCUGCAAAUGCUGUAGAUCCUGUCCAGAGGCCCAAGAAGUGUUCAGGGUACUAUGCUGAAAUAUCAGACUACAUGUCAACAGCUGCACUGGGGAGCUCUCGGAAUCCUACGGAAAAUCAGGCAGUGGUUCUUCCUCCACCAUUGCAGUUUUGCAACAGCCACCGCAAAGUCAAGGAGAAAGUUUUGUAUGUGAAUCUGCCGGCACACGUGACCAACAUUACAUCCCAAACAACUGAGCAUGCAGUGGAAGACCAGCAGGUGGAUACUAUCAUUGUCAAUGGUUAUGCGGACCCUCAGGACGAACUGAUGAACGAAUCCAGGGGCUAUGAGAAUGGCUCCCUUUCAGCCUACACCAAAAUAGAAGACGGCGCCAAUCCAUAUGAGACCCCUCUCGAUAUGGCCACGGCGGCCACGCAAACGGAGCAGGAGGUGGUGACAGUGUCCUGCGAGUGUGGGGAGUUCCUGUGCCUGCCGGCUGAGAUGGAGGAGAUAGUAGCCCAGCUCAAGCAUGAGCAGAACAUGCGGAUGGUGUCGGAACAGCUGGUCAAGAUGGUAGAGGUGGAGAUCAAGGAGCUGAAGGAGGACCUCCUCGCCAAAAAGACUGAUCUGGUCCGAGCCUUGGAGGAAAAGCAGAGUGCUCAGGGAGAGCUCCGUGAAGCGACAAAGAUUGCUGCCCAGUAUAAAAUACAGAUUGAUGAACUGGAAAAGGACUUGACUCAAGCCAAGGCAGAGAUUGCAAAGCUGGAGGAAAGAGUUGCAAUAGAUAGCAACCAAGACAGCAGAGCCAAUGUAAACGGCAAGCAAUGGAAACAAAACUGUCUUGUCCCCGUGCCUGGAGCGCUGCGCCGCACCACUGGUACGCGUAACUGGCUGGCCGCGGCAGCGGCCAGGGUUAGGCUGCGCUGA